AUGUGCGAUUGGCCGGAAAGCCCGGAGAAGAUGGGUUGGGAUGUUGUGGGCUUCGAGUCCGUAGAGCCCAUGGAUGCUAAGCCGACCUCGGGUGAGCCCAUGGACUUCCUCCGGUGGCUAAAUGCACGGAGGAAGUGCAACCUUGAGCUGGUCGAUGGCACGGUGCUCAAGGGCUACUCCUUCGGUGCUCCGGUCUCUGUGUCCGGCGAAGUUGUCUUCAACACUGGGAUGGUGGCAUACCCGGAGUCCUUGACGGAUCCAUCCUAUGCUGGGCAGAUCCUGGUCAUCACAUAUCCGCUGGUCGGAAACUAUGGCGUGCCCUCCGAUGAGAAAGAUGCGUUUGGACUGCCCAAGUGGUUCGAAAGUCACAAGAUUCAUUUGAGGGGAGUGGUGAUUUCCGACUAUUCCUACGAACCUUCGCAUUACAGUUGCGUUCGGACGUUGGGAGAGUGGCUGGAGUCUCAAGGUGUUCCAGGCAUCUAUGCCGUGGACACACGACUCGUUACGAAGCAGAUUCGUAAGACUGGUUCCAUGUUGGGAAAGCUUAUCGUGCAGGGAAGCACGCCGAGCUCACACCUUGUCGUGGAUGACCCCAACAAACGAAAUCUCGUGGCAGAGGUGUCCAGAAAGCAGAAGGAAGUCUUUGCGCCUUCGCAGCCCAACCCUCGCUUGCACCGAGACGUGCAUGUCCUGGCCGUGGAUUGUGGCAUGAAGAACAACAUCAUCCGCUGCCUCGUGAAGCUCGGGCUCCGAGUCACCGUGGUCCCAUGGGACUACGACUUCACUCAGGACAGUUUCGAUGGCCUCUUCUUGAGCAACGGCCCCGGAGAUCCCACCCAGUGUGCCAAGACGGUGGAGCACGUGCGCACCAUCAUGCGGGAGCGGCCCAAGACCCCUAUCUUCGGAAUUUGUCUUGGGAACCAGAUUCUCGCCUUGGCCGCUGGAGCAUCUACUUACAAAAUGAAGUUUGGGAACCGGGGGAUGAACCAGCCAGUCGUGGAUCUACGCACACAGAAGUGCUACAUCACAGCCCAGAAUCAUGGGUACGCGGUUGACAGCUCCAGCUUACCGGAAAACUGGGUGCCACUGAUGAUGAACGCCAACGACGGCACGAAUGAGGGUAUCAUCCACUCCUCCAAACCGUGGUUCUCGGUGCAGUUCCAUCCGGAGGCAUGCGGUGGACCUACAGACACUGACUUCCUGUUUGACUACUUCCUGCAGUUCAUUGCCGAGCCCACCGCAUCCCCUGUCACCACGAUGCCUUACUCCAUUCCCACAGUCUACAGGAAAGUGCUGGUGCUGGGAUCUGGUGGCCUCACCAUCGGACAGGCGGGUGAGUUCGACUACUCUGGCAGUCAGGCCAUCAAAGCCUUGAAAGAGGCCGGCAUUAUGUCCAUCCUUAUCAAUCCGAACAUCGCUACAGUUCAGACAUCGGCCGGCAUGGCGGACAGGGUCUAUUUUCUGCCAGUGACACCGGACUUCGUGAUUAAAGUGAUCGAGCGUGAGAAGCCAGAUGGGAUUUUUGCAGCCUUUGGGGGUCAAACGGCUCUCAAUUGUGCCGUGAAGCUGCACGAGCGAGGGGUCUUUGAGAAGUACAAUGUCAAGGUAUUGGGCACGCAGAUUGAGGCCAUCAUGAAGACCGAGGACCGUGAUCUCUUCAGUAAAGUCGUGGAGGCCUGCGGGGAGAAAAUCGCCGAGAGUGAUUGCUGCGAUUGCGUCGCAGAUGCAGUUGUGGCGGCUGCGAAGAUCGGCUACCCGGUCUUGGUCCGUGCAGCCUACGCACUGGGUGGCCUUGGCAGCGGCUUUGCAGACAACGAGGAGGAGCUGCGACGUUUGGUGAACGUGGCAUUGGUCAACAGCCCUCAGGUCAUCAUCGACAAGUCCUUGAAGGGCUGGAAGGAGCUGGAGUAUGAGGUCGUUCGGGACAAGAACGACAACUGCAUCACAGUUUGCAACAUGGAGAACUUUGACCCCAUGGGUGUUCAUACAGGCGAGUCCAUUGUCAUUGCGCCUUCCCAGACGCUGACAAAUGCGGAGUACUAUCGCCUUCGCCAGUGUGCCUUAAAAGUUAUCCGACACCUGGGGAUUGUGGGGGAGUGCAACAUCCAGUAUGCCGUCGACACAAAGACUUCAGAGUUCCGCAUCAUUGAAGUGAAUGCCCGGCUGUCUCGAAGCAGUGCUCUCGCUUCCAAGGCCACAGGCUACCCCCUGGCUUAUGUGGCGGCGAAGCUGGCGCUGGGACACGACCUCGUCCAGCUGCGAAACAGCGUGACCAAGUGCACGACUGCCUGCUUCGAACCCUCCCUUGACUACUGUGUUGCGAAGGUGCCUCGCUGGGACCUUCAGAAAUUCUCCACUGUCGAUGCCCGCAUAGGCUCAGCGAUGCAGAGUGUUGGAGAGGUCAUGGCCAUUGGGCGAACAUUCGAGGAGACAAUCCAGAAAGCGCUGCGCAUGGUGGAUGAGGCAAGCCUGGGAUUUGAUCCGAUCCGCUACGAUUUGGAGCUCGGCCGCCGUGGCUUAGCCACCUCUGGUCCAAACUUCGAUGUGGAGCUCAAGAAGGAACUAGCCAACCCCACUCCAGUGCGAAUGUGGGCCAUUGCCAAGGCCUUCGAGCAUGGCAUGAAUGUGGAAGAGAUUCAUACUUUGACCAACAUUGAUCGCUGGUUCCUGUCGAAGCUGCAUGGCUUGCACAUGUUGAAGGGUACCAUGAAGUGCUUGGACUUUUACGAGCUGCGGCAGAAUCCAGUGCUCCUGAAAGAGGCGAAGACUCGCGGCUUCUCUGACAAGCAGAUCGCUGCGAUCAUUUCAGCACCAGAAAAGAUCAUGGACAGCGAGGUCUCCCCACAGCUGCUGCCCACUGACCAUGGCUCCCAGCGCUACUCUGGAGGCCCCGUGUCCGAAGCGCAUGUCCGGCACCUUCGUAAGAAGCUUGGCAUCGUCCCAACCGUCAAACAAAUCGACACGUUAGCGGCAGAGUUCCCGGCCACUACAAACUACCUCUACGUGACCUACAGCGGAGAUGAGCACGACCUGGACCUUGCGGGGAGCGACAAGCAGUGCUCCGAGCUACAGAUUACCGAGUUGAAUCCGGGCUCCGCGAUUCCGGAACCGCUUGCGCUCAACUUCCACAGCUCUUCGGAUGUGAUGCAGCAGAGCAACAAGGCAAAGAAGGAUGUGGAUGCUGAUUCCAGAAUCGUCGUGCUCGGUUGUGGGCCUUACAGGAUCGGAAGCAGUGUAGAGUUCGAUUGGUGCAGCGUCUCGUGCAUUCGCACCCUUCGAUCACUGGGCCAUACAGCCAUCGUUAUCAAUUGCAACCCCGAGACGGUCUCCACAGAUUUCGACGAGUCAGAUCGGCUCUACUUCGAAGAGCUUAGCCACGAGCGGGUAAUGGACAUCGCAGAACUGGAGCACCCACGGGGCGUGGUGAUUUCUGUCGGCGGCCAGACCCCAAACAACUUGGCUUUGGGAUUGCACAAAUGCGGAAUCCGAAUUCUUGGCACAUCUGUAGAGGCCAUCGAUGCCUGUGAGGAUCGCAACAAGUUCAGCCAGCUUUGCGAUUCCCUUCGCAUCGAUCAACCAGAGUGGUCGCAGUUUGCGACGUUGCAGGAAGCCCGGCAGUUCUGCAAGGUCGCAGGCUACCCGGUGCUGGUGCGCCCCUCUUACGUCCUCUCUGGCGCGGCCAUGCGCGUGGUCACCAACGAUGGCGAUUUGGACAUGUUCCUGAAGACAGCAGCAGUGGUGAGCCGAGACCACCCAGUUGUAAUUUCGAAGUACAUCACUGGGGCAAAGGAGGUGGAGAUGGAUGGCGUGGGCAAGGCAGGAGAGCUUGUGAACUAUGCCAUCGCAGAGCAUGUGGAAAACGCCGGGGUCCACAGUGGAGAUGCCACUCUGCUCCUGCCCGCCCAACGCCUCUUCGUAGAGACCCAUCGCAAGGUGAAAAGCAUCUCUCAGAAACUCUGCCGUGCCCUCAAGAUCUCGGGGCCCUUCAACAUUCAGUUCAUCUGCAAAGAGAACGAAGUGAAGGUUAUCGAGUGCAACCUUCGAGCAUCCAGAUCCAUGCCGUUCAUUUCCAAGACUUACAAUGUCAAUUUCAUCGAGCUCGCGACUCGCAUCAUGACCGGGAUGCCUGUUCAUCCUGCCAUUAUCCAGCCGAUGGACAUUGAGUUCGUCGCCUGCAAGGUUCCGAUGUUCUCCUUCGGCCGCUUGAAGAACUCGGACCCCCGAUUGGGUGUCGAGAUGUCUUCCACUGGUGAGGUGGCCUGUUUUGGGGUCAACGCUUACGAGGCAUUCUUGAAGGGCAUGCUGGCGGCCAACUUCAAGCUUCCCACCAAGAACAUCUUGGUUUCCAUAGGUCCUGCCGCGGCGAAGGCCGAGUUCCUGGCAAGCGGCGCUGCGAAGCAGCUUCGGGACAUGGGCUUCGCCCUCUUUGCCACGAAGAACACACACGAGUACCUGACUACAAACCAACUCGCUUGCAGCCUGGUCUACAAGCCGUUGGUCAAACGAGAGCCGAAUGUGCUAACCAUGCUGCAGACGGGAAAGAUUGAUUUGGUCAUCGACAUCCCGGACUCUAUGGACUCUGAUGCCCUCACAGAUGGUUUCAAGAUUAGGCGAGGUGCUAUCGAAUCAGCUGUUUCGCUGAUCACUGACAUUAAGACUGCAAUCUUCACAUGCUCCGCCAUGCACCGGAAAUGGGUCCGAGAAAGCAGUGGGAAGCCCUUCUGGGAUGUGUGCUCCUGGCAGGAGUAUGUUGAAAUUGUGGAGAGGCUCACCUAA